CGGGAGAGGGGAACAUGGACGCCGCGAUGCUGCAGCUGCUGGAACAGUUCAGUAACACAAUAGUUCCCUGGAAGCCGGAAUGUGGCGUCAGAGGGAGGAGCCUCCCACUCCAGCCCUGAGAGACGUCACCUCCGGGAGCAGAGCAGCGGCAGCCACGGAGAGAGAGCCGAGAGAGUCCCCGGGAACUGGCUGGACGCACUGACACCGGCUCUGAUCCGCGGGCUGAGCAGCUUGGAGUCCCGGGAGCAACUGAUCAGCUGCUGGUUGUCCUACCUGUUCCUUGGCCCGCACAGAUCCAGGUCCAGGAAGAUGUGCCACAGGAUAUCGCCCAGGAGAAGCCUGUGGUGUACUGUUUGGUCCUCCAGAAGAAGUGGGUUACUAUUACUGCUGCUGUCCUUUCUGCCAUACACCUUUAGUUCAGAGUGUCCCCCUCCUCCGGAGCCAGAGAAUGGUGGAUUCAUUUGUCACCCCCCACACUGUGAGAAGCCCUUCACCUCUGGCAGUGUCGUAGAGUACUUCUGUGCUGAGGGGUACAUGCUGAAAGGGGACUACAAAUACCUCACAUGCAAGAACAGGGUUUGGAACCCACCUAUGGGUGUUAGCUGCAGACUGAGCCAAGAAACCAGCAAAAAUACCAGCAUUGGAGUUUCAACACUAUCCAUUGUUGCCUCAACGGCCAGCUCUGUGGCCUUGAUACUGCUGCUUAUUGUCCUAUUUGUGCUAUUACAGCCCAAAAUCAAAUCAUUUCACCACAGCAGGCGUGAAACAUGCGUACCAGGGGAGCAGGUUUCCAUCAUGGUUGAUGGCGUACAGGUUGCCCUUCCUUCCUAUGAGGAAGCAGUUUAUGGCAGUGCAGGAAACUGUAUUCCAUCUGCCAGCUCUCGUGUGCAGAUUGUGUUGUCUGAAGGACCAGGGGAGGAGCAGGACAUACAGCAGGAGGUGUCUGGCUCUGACAUCCCAGGACAAUCCACAGGGACUACUCAUGUUUCUGGCCAAACUGUUGCACAUACAACACAAUACGCUGCCGGUCGCUCGCAGCGCUCAGAGACAGUGCUGGUCCAUCAGCCUUCCUCCCAGUGGGUGUCUGGAGCAGAGGGCAGGACUCUGGGAAGGGAAGGUGUGGAUUCUGAAAACAGUGAUGUGCAGAGUCUUUUGUCACUUUCAUCCGAGGAUUACACAGAUGAUAUCCCACUGCUGAAAGAAGCUUGAACACUUCUAACUCCUCGCUCAACUCUGCAGGAUCUCCACAAUCUUCCUGCUCUGCCCUUCCUGUAUUCACAGGAGCUCUGGAGCUGACAAAUUGUGCCUCCCCCCCCACCCCACUGAACACAGACGCUCUGUUCCUUAUCUGCAGAGCACUGGGAGCAGAUGGUCUGAGCCUUGCUUGCAGAGGUGUACAACUAUAUUUAAUAUGUAUGUGUUAUUCUGUAAGCUAUAUACAGCUAUAAGAAUAUCCCUUUGAAUGGGGGGGGUUGGAUCUUACUUUGCCUGGCACUUCUCCUUACUAAAUAUAUUGCUGCCUCUUGUUCUUUCCAGUGACUCUGGCACUUGCACAUGUAAACCUUUGGUUCCAUAAGGUCUACACUGCUAUGUGCAGAAAUAUAUAUUGUCCCCGAGAGAAGACCUAUGACUGCAGAUUAAGUGCUCUGAUCCUCAAAAAUGGGGUCCAGUGCAAUAAUCCUUCCUGUUACAGAACACAAGACUAGAAAUCCUUUGUUACCUUUGUGGUUAGGCUGACGGGCGUUCUUUACAUUAAGUACCAUUUAGGAAACCAUUUCUCAUUGUUGGGGUGAAAGUUGAGCUGUGUAGCUUAGUAACUGGAUGUGUGUGGUGUGGUUCCUACACCACUCUCUGGUAGUCUGGGCAAAUAAAUUGGGAUCUUCUUAGGAUUUGAGCUUUCUGCUACUAGGGGGUAUUUACUAGACAUCGGUUUUUCAAAGAUGCUGAUUUUCUGAGACUUCUGAGAGUUGAAUUUGAGGACAAUAGUAAUAAAUACAAAUAGUAAUAAAGGUAAAAUUAGUCUUUCUGUGUACAUCACUAUUGUCCUUUCAGAUUCAGCCUUCAUAGUCACUGAUUCUUAACGGCUUUGUAAAAAUUAUCUUUAGUAAAUAUACCCCCAGGUCUUGUGAAACGCUUUUAAUGCAGUUUUUAAAGGGAAAGUAUCUUAAAACUGUGACGCUUAUUAAGGGAUGUGCUGAACAGUUCCUAGGAUUUGUCCAGAUACUGAAUUGUUUUUGCAAAAGAUUCUGCCACCUAAUGAACUAAAAUAGAACCCUGAUUUGCGUUUAGAUUAUGUUAGUGGGGUCUAAAGAAUAAAUUCAUCUGUCAUUCUUGCUACAAAAAGUGCUAUUUUAAUGGUUUUAAAGCAUAAUAAACACACUUGGAUAUAGCUGGCCAUAUCCCAGGAGUGAACAUGAACCUUUUCAAAAAUCGUCUGGGUUCUGCCUGACCCUGUGCAUCUUUGCAUUUAAUGGGGGAGAUUCAAAUGUUUGAAAAGUUGGUUGGGUGUCUGUUUUUUCCUGUCUAUUAGAUAGGACAAAACAGACUCCCAACUAACUUUUCAAACAUUUGAAUCUCCCCCAAUAUAUAGUUGACAAAUAAGUAGAUUUGAACAUUGUAGUUUUGCACUAUUAGGUAGAUUUUUAUUGUUUUGGCAGGUUUUUUUUUUUCUUUUGUACAAUGAUCUGUAUUUACAAUCAUUCAGUAUUGCGGUCUAUGGCGUUUUAUUACUGUCAAAAUGGUUUCCAUUGUGAGUUAGAAUUAAAAAAAAAAAAACAAAUACUUUCCCUUUAAGCCACAAAUGUACAGUAACAGCCUUUACGGCCUGGAAACCAUGCAGGCAGGUAGCCCUGAACUGUAACAUACAGUACCUUUUGGGCAUUGCAAGUGCCGAGCCUUGUUCUACGCUGUAGCCAUCUUGUAUGCGGUCAGUGACCCUGAGGCAGUGUGUUUUACAGGAAAGGUGCAUGUGGGGAGCAAUAGAGCAGGUAAUUGGUAUGGGUUUAUGUGGGGAAACAUGCCUUAUGAACAUGCAGAUGAUUAGCCCUAACUAUUAACAUAAUGUCCAUAUUAUGUUCAUUGAACUAAGCAGAAAAUCCGUGGGUGAAACCACAAGCCGUGCAGAAAGAUGGCACUGGAGGUUCGAUAUUGCUGAGCAGAAGAGGAUUAUAUAAUAUAGGAACUGAGAAGGGAGAUUGUAUUCUUGCUAGUAUGCGUGUGUGUACAUAUACCAUAUACUACAUUAGACAAUUGUCACAUGCACACCUACACAAGUGUGCUUGUGUAUGAGUGUAUACUUGUGAGUGUGUGUAUAUAUGUAAGUGUUUUUAUUAUUUUUUUGUGUCGGCUUGUAUUUUUCAGGGGGCCUUUUUUGUUUUGUUUUGUUUUUUUAUGUCCCAAAUGUAAAAGGUUUACAUUUCAGAGAGCGCACUGAUGCAGAGCAGACCAGUAUCCAGUUGUGCAACAUUGUCUGUUUUAUUGUGUAUGACAAAAUGUAUCGAGUCACCAACAAGAUGCUCUAGUUAACAUGAACACAUCAGCUACAUUCAGCAGAGUGACCCAUUUUGUAAGAAACCAAUACUCAUGUUACUGCAGCCUAUGGGUCCGCUAAGAACUACUGACAAUGUACCCGUGAUGUCACUGGUACCAUUUAUAGACUACGGCUGCCUGUACUGUUUGUAGGUGAGACAUCCAGUUUAAGUGCUGGUUUUCAUUGUGCCACAUUCACUUUCUUUUUACACAGUUGUUUGGUCACCCGUCUCUUUCCCACAAUCAGAUGUGCAAUAUUUCUAGUACCAUUACAUGUAUGGGGCGGAGUGACCUGCAGCCAUGCACCGCCUUGUAAAUACCGGUCUACAGACUCCUCUGCAUCUAUAAUCAAGGCUUUGCUUUACAUUGUGGGGUCUUAACGUUCUCUUAUAGUGAUUUCUAUAGGGUUGGUAAAUGCUGCCCUCUAACAUAUAUCAGGUGAUUUGAAUUUAUACUCCCUCUCUGCAGAGUUUGCAUUAUGGUUACUGCCCUGGACGUUGCAUGAGAGAUGACAAUAGAUAACCACUACAAUGGUAAUCUAACCUCCAAUACUGUCUUCCAGGUGCUAGAGGCAGUGUCGCAGUCACCAAAUGUUAUAUAGUAUGGGGCACUGCAUGCACGUAUACAGGGCUGGUUAAUCCCUCUGGUGCCAGAAUGAUACAUUAUAGAUAAAUCAGCUUUAUCCCCUCUGCUCUGACUGUCACCCUGGACAUUGCUGUGGGGCUGAAGAUAAUAUUUUAAUAUUUGUACAAAGUAAUUUAAAUUUAAUUGUUCUAUGUAUAUAACUGCAUUUCUAAAUAAUAAUAAAAAAAAGUUUCAUUUAAAGUUA